UGCUGCUACAUCCGCUCGUGUUGCUCCGAUGUUCUCUGACAAAUAAUGACAUUUAAUCAGAAAAUACGGACGCUUUGAUUAGUUAGUGCGGACCGGAGUUUAGUUUAACUCUUAUUUACGGAAUUACACCGGAAAAUAGAGACAGUGAAGGUACUUUUUUUUUUUUCCAGAAGCUAACACUAGCCGAGUUCAUUACCAUUAGCUCUGCUAAUGAGGAUAAACACGCGGAGUGCGGCUGAUCGCUGCCUGAAUGUGACCCCCGAGCCCCGGCCCCGAGUCUGUGAGCACCGCGGGGCGAUGGCGGAGGACGGGCGGCGGGGAGAGGAGGAGGACCGCGGCCCUGGAGCGGUGCACCAGGUGUUUGUGGUGAUGGAGAAUCUGCUGGAGAAACUCAAACUGCUGCGCUACGAAGAGCUGCUGGUCCGGCACAACAUGAAGCCCCUGUCCCGACAUUACUUUGUGUCCAGUCCGUACCUGGUGGCAAACCCGGGGGAGCAGUUCUUCAUGUUCUCCGUGCUGGCGGCCUGGCUCUUGAACGCGGCUGGGCGGAACUUCACAGAACCGCAGGAGUUUGACGAGCCCAACGCCACCGUGUCCAACAUCCUGGCAGAGCUACGGACGUUUGGGGUGAAGGUGGACUUUCCUCCCUCUAAGCUCAAAUCUGGCUCUGGAGAGCAGGUGUGCUUCGUGCUCGACCGAUUGGCUGAAGAGGCGCUCAAGAGGCGGGGCUUCUCCUUCAAGCGGCCCGUGUACCCCACAGAGGUCACAGAGGAAGACGAGCAGCUGGAGGAAGACGCAGAGAUGAACCUGAGCCGAGCCGAAGACGAGGUCAUGGAGGAAGCAGAGGACGAAGAGGAGGACGUGAUGGACCUGGACGCUCUCAAACUGCGCUCCACUCACAAGCAGGAGCACGAGUCCCGUCUGAAGCCCGAUGAGAUCCUGGAGUCUACGGUGGACGCAGCCGAGUGGAACCUGGAGGUGGAGAGGGUCCUGCCUCAGCUCAAAGUCACCAUCCGCACGGACAAUAAGGACUGGAGGAUCCAUGUGGACCAGAUGCACCAGCACAAAGAGGGCAUCAACUCCUCCCUGACAGACGCCAAGGGUCACCUGAACAAACUGCAGGAGGACAUCAGCAAAACCCUGGAGAAGGUCAGCAGCCGAGAGAAGUACAUCAACAACCAGCUGGAAGGACUGAUCCAGGAGUACAGGAGCGCGCAGGCCAAGCUCCGAGAGGUCAGAGAGCGCUACAAGCAGGCGAGCGGAGGAGUCACCGAGAGAACCAGAGUUCUGGCCAAGAUCAGUGAGGAGCUGGAGAAGGUGAAGCAGGAGAUGGAGGAGAAGGGCAGCAGCAUGUCUGACGGAGCUCCUGUGGUUCGCAUCAAACAGGCGGUGAUGAAGCUGAAGCAGGAGACGCAGCAGAUGGAGGUGAGGAUGGGCGUGGUGGAGCACAGCCUCCUGCAGGCCAAGCUCAAGGAGAAGAGCAACAUGACCCGGGACAUGCACCACGUCCCCGACAGCGCCACGGGGCCCUUCAGCUGAGAGUUUUUAUACACAGAGAGUAUCCGUGGACAUUUCAUCAGAGGAGCGUGUACUCUUAGUGUCCAGCUUCUUCAGUUCCGAUGCAGAUUUAUUUCGAAACUAUCGCUCUAAGUAUCUGCGCAUACCUGAUAUGAGCCGACACCAGCGCAGAGACUGAAAACUGCAUUUAUUUCCUUUAAAUAAAAUAUGAGAUCUAAUCCAGCUAAUUAUUCACUAUCAGAGCGUGUAACUCAGGGGUCUCCAACUUUUUUCCUCUGGUGAGCUGUCUUUAUAAUAAGAAAAUGCCAGACAUUUAAAGCCUGAACAAAGAGAAUGUUUGGUUAAUUUUAUCAAGGGAAAAAUGUUAUUGCCCUUCUUCCUACGGAAUUUGGGAAAAGCUUAAUAUACUGUAUUUUCCGGGCUAUUAGACGCGCUCUUAAGCCUCCAGCCCCAUCAAAAAAACUAUCGCACGCCCCACAAUCCAGAGCGCCCUAUACACAAAUCCACUCAGGUGUCCCAGCACGACUUCAGUAAACUACAAAACCGCAACACCCGCAGCGCACGCAAACACACACGGAGCAGACAGCGACCGCUCAGCAAAAAACACCCGCACCCACACUCAUCACUCCACGCCGACGAGGAACGGAACGGAGGAACAAACCGAGAACGCGAGUGCAACGUGCCGCUUCUAGUCACGACUGAACAACCGAGUCACUGCGAACACGCCGACAAUCCGUUGGUCCCAGACAGCACCCUCCCUACACGCCACAACUGAACAAAGCCCAGAGUCACCGUGAACGACACAAACAAACAAAACCACUCACCCAUCACACUGUUGGGUUUCGUUUAAAGUCCGGUGAGGUUUAUUUGUGAAAAAAGUUCCAAAUUAGACCAGUUAAUGACAGUGCGCCUUAUAAUCCAGAGCGUCCUAUAGUGCGGAAAAUACGGUACCAGUUAUUCCCCGUUAGCGGCGCAUUACAUACGUCACGACCAAAGUGGAGCGAUUGGUUAAAUAAAAAAGUACCCGUCUACUAUCGAGCGAACGAAUUCUAAUGCUGCGAGGUCAUUGCACCGUGACACAGAAAAUAGUGUCUGGGAUGGUGUCAGGCAGCUGGUUUCCCGUGAUUAUCUUAGAAACAAGUAAGGCAUUACAUGUGAAAAUGAAAAACUAAUAGAUUAUAUUGUACAGUCUCAAUGUUCUUUUGUUAUUUAGCACUUUUUACCAAAUAAUUCAUGGUGUAACGAGCUUUUUUCAUGACUGUACAAGAGGAUAUUAAAAUCAGGUUCUGGCUCUUAACCAACUACCCAACUAGUACUGUGUAUA